AUGAAGUAUAAGAGAAAUUGCACGUCCAUCUCCAAUGCCCAGUGUGAAUGCGGUGACGGCUAUGUUUGCAAAGACAGCAACUGCAGAAGCUGCAUCUUACCAGGUGUGGAAAGCAUUCCUUGCUCAACAGGGACAUUUUCCACCACAGGAACCAGGCCCUGCCAACUAUGGACCAAUUGCACCAGUCUGGGUCAAGUCGAAAUAGUACCUGCCAAUCAAACCAGUGAUGCCAUCUGCGAUUAUAUCCAACACACACAAAUCAGGCAGAAAUCUCUCACUUUGGAAGUUGUAAUGAGCAUCAUUGUCUUCAUCAGCCUCUUCCUGCUCUGUCUAUCAGUUGGAGUGCACAUCGCCAAGUGCAGGAGGAAAAGGAAGGUAGAAUUUGUGUUGUUACCAGUGACAGAUAAAACACAAGCAGCACUUCCUACAUUGUCUGAAGACACCAUCACCAUCCGCCACCCAGAACAGGAAUGUGGAGGGCCGUCUCAGCCACAAAGAUUGUGCAAGGAGCACACCAGUGUGGAAGACCCUUGUGGGUGCUGACCCUGGGCAUUUGUGCAGCUUCACUGACCUUGGGUUCCAUGCUCGCUGUUGCUUGAAUUGCACUAUAAUUUGCUAGAAUGCUGAAUGGGAAUGUCAUAUCACAUUCAUUAACUCUUGGCUACUGUUUCUAAUAGCUGAUUUCCAAUGGCAAGGAAUGAUGGAAGAAAAGCAGUUGAGAGAGGGAAUUAAGGAUUAGGGCAAUGGUUCAUUAAAUGUACUGACAUACUCGUGAGUAGAAUGGAAGGAAAAACAAAGUCAGAGGUAGAGUUGCUGCCUUACAGCGCCAGAGACAUGGGUUUGAUCCAGACGACGGGUGCUGUCUGUAUGGAGUUUGUACG